GGGAGAGAGAAUUUAGCAGUCGAUUUUGCCUGGCCGUCGUCUUGUUCUGCAGGCCUCUUUACCCUGUUUGCGCCGAACUUGCUCUUGCUCUUAACCUAACGUCUCUCUCUGUCUCGCUCUGUGGCUACCGGCAUCGGAGCUGGGCUUCGAGCUUACAGUUUUAAUCUCGGUUCUCCUUGCCGGAAAUCACCAUCUGUAGAUAGCCAUAGAAAUGGGGACGCCAAAUGCUGUUGGAGAUUGGUCGUCCGAGAUGGAGGUCAGUGCUUUCAGACGCCUCUUCCCUCUUCACUACUACGAGCGGCAUCUCUCCGAAUCGAUACGGCCCGAUGCUAGGCCCCUGAAAAGAGCCAGAGAUACUAUUGUGUCCCUCGGGGCUGUUGCAUCCUCUGAUGGGUCUGCGCUGGCAAAGAUUGGUUCCACCACAAUGUUGGCUGCUAUAAAAAUGGAAGUCAUGACUCCUUCUGUCGAUUUGCCUGAUGAAGGCAGUAUAGCGGUUGAGUUUCAUAUGCCCCCUAUAUGCUCUCCAGUCGUGAGGCCAGGUAGGCCUGCUGAGGUAGCACCAGUGAUAUCGAAGCAACUUUUUGACUCUUUAUUAAGCUCUGGUAUGAUUGAUCUGAAGGAGCUAUCCCUGAUCAAAGGAAAAGCAGCUUGGAUGGCGUACCUGGAUAUAUAUUGUCUUGAUGCUGAUGGAGCUCUUUUUGAUGCUGCUUUGCUUUCAGCAGUUGCUGCAUUUUCUCAUUUGCGUAUCCCAGUGGUUUCUUUGAAUGAUGAAGGAAGAAUGGUGAUGGUCUCUAAGGAACUUGAGGGUGAAAAGUUGGAUAAAGAACCUGUUGACAAAGAGAGGAGAAAACUCUCAUUGAAAAGCAUUCCAUUUUCCCUGACUUGCAUUCUUCACAAGAACUACAUCUUGGCAGACCCUACGUUCGAAGAAGAAUCCAUAAUGGAAACGUUCAUAACUGUGGUUUUGAAUUCAUCUGGUCAACUUGUCUCUCUCUAUAAGCCGGGUGGACCGGUUCUUGCCCAUACAUCAGCUAUUCAGGAAUGCGUUUCAUUGACAAGGCAAAGAAUGAAGGAACUUGAGGAGAUUAUAGAUGAAGCCAUUUCCACAAUGGAGAUUGAUUAGAAUAUAUAUGUUAGUUAGUUUGUUCUGGUUUAUUGCUGCUUCUAAUGGCAUUCGAUCAUUUUCCGUCUAAUUACUAGGGUGUUAAUUAAAAUGGAGAGGAAGGUCAUGUGAAGCUUCCGUGUUAGAUGGCUUGCUGUUUCCUUUUAAUGGUGAGCUGUAUUAAACUAGGAAAUGGAAAUAUGAAGGACAUCGGGUGUCUUCUCGAGCUAUUAAAUUCCGGUUUGCUUGCGAUCUGAAUGUUCACAAUGGCCAUAAAAUAGCCAAAAGAUGGGGCAUGGGAGUAUUGAGAACUUGAACUGAGACCUAUGAUGGAAAUUGGUUGCGAACCCAGAGUCGACGACUAUAAAAGAUUCAUCCUUUGCAGGCACAC